ACUUCAAGGCUUUCCUCGUCUCCAUCACAUAUUAAUCGCUACAAAUCGUUCUUGCUGGCGGUUACUCUUUCUCAUUGUUACUGUGAAGAAUGGAUCCAAAAUCCGUGAAGGAGUUUCCCGAAAGACAUACAGAUAGGAAGAGGAAGGUUGACCAUGUAGGGAACUCUCUACAAGAAAAUCCAACCAAUGUUUCAUCUGUCAUGAAGAAUGGUGAUGGCACAUCAAUCUGGGAUGAGAGUUUUCCUUUUGGAGACUUUAUUGAUAAUCAUUUCAUUGCGGAAAAGGAUCAUGAAAAUUUGGAGAGGUAUUGGCAAUCAGAUAUGUGUUUACAUGUUUUGAAAGCAGCACCACUUCGAUUAGUCUCAAUUGCUCGUUUGAUGGAGCAAAAGGUUGGCAAUAUGGAAAAGAAAAUUAAGGCUUAUGAUGAAGAAAAUACUGAAUUGAAAAGGAAGCUGUAUGAAUCUGAGAAGAACAUAGUUAAAUUGAAGGAAAAUUUGGAAGAAUUAAGCUUGGAAAAGAGUCAAUUAAUGGAAAGAGGAGUGGAAUUAAUGGAGAAAAAUUCAAAGCUACUAAUGAAAAAAGAUAUUGUUGACAAAAUGAUAUGGCGCAUAAGAUAUGUUAUGAGAGUUUUGAUUGCUAAAUGA